GAUGCAGGAAGACCACUAGGGUGGCUAUAGGUGCAGGGGGUGGAUUGCAGGGGCUAUAGGAGCAAGGGUGGACCUACAGAAGGAGGGGAUGAGAUGUCAUUAAGAAUAGGAGGGCCCUACAGGUGUAAAGGCCAGGGUAGGAAUAGAAGCAGAAAGGCCCUACAGGUGUAAGAGCUACCUUAGGAAUAGGAGCAGAAGGGCCCUACAGGUGUAAGGGGCAGGGUGGCAAUAGAAACGGGAGGGCCUUACAGGUCUAGAGAGCAGAAGAAAGUGAGCAAUGCUAGAGGUACAAGAUCUUGCAGGUUCAGGGACUGGGGAUGCUUUAGUAGAGAGGUUAUGGGGGCAAGUUAGGUUGAUUAUGAGGGGGAGGAAGAAGCGGGGUUCCUACAAGUGGGGAGAAGGUAAAAGUGCAGAGAGAGCCCUGCAGGAAAAGUGGGCAGGGUGCCUAUAGGUGCAGAGAACCUGCAAAGGCUAAAAAAUGAGGAAAAGAAAACCCUGUAGAUAGAGAAGGUGAGAAGGUAGUCAUAUGGAUGAAAGGAAGGGGGCAUCCAGCUUAUAAAGAAGAGGAUGGAGUCAGUAGAAGCAUAGGAAAGGAGAGAUCGUCCUGUAGGUCUAGAGGACUGGGAGAAAAGCACCCCAAGAAGAGACCUGUAUUUCUAGGGGCAGUCUUGGGGCUAGGAUCAAGUGAACCAGGAGCUUGUAUUGUAGCAGAAAGAUUGCUAGAUGUAAUGUUAAUAUUUGGCUUCUGUUACUUAUUAACUGUGGAAGUCACUCAACUUUUUUUGAGCCUUUUCUCAUGCAUAAAAUGAAGGGCUUGAUUGGAUCUCUGAGGUUUCUUCCAUUUCCAAGUAGAUAGUCACAGAGAUAUAACAAAGGCAAGCUCAGCAGGUGAUAGGGGUUCAGAGAACAGAGGACAGAUGAUAAAUUUAUAAGUACAGGAGAUUGGAUUUAGAGAGAGAAGACAACCAAAUGUUGCCUGGAUGGACUCCAACUUUGGGACUAAUGCAGUAAGGAAAUUCUGGAGAUGCAAGACCUCAUCUACCUAGCAGCACACUCUUACAGAUAAUGUCCCCAGAGAGUACAAAGACAAAACAAUACACAGGCAAACUGCUCAAGUUAAAGAACUUUCUGUUUUGAAAGAAACGUGCCCUAAUCCUGCACCUGGUGAAUUGGCAAUAUGCACAGCAAUGUAGAUGAUAGGAAUCCUUCCUGCAUUUUGUGUCACCAACUGAGGUGGCCCUGACACCCCCCCCCACCCUUGAGGUCUGGAGAGAGCAUGUAUAAACGGAAUGGCCUGAUGGCCAAUGUUCUGGUCACCUCCGCGACUCCCCAGGGCAGCAGCAGCUCAGACUCUUUGGAAGGACGGAGCUGUGACUACGCCAGUAAGAGCUAUGAUGCCGUUGUCUUUGAUGUAUUGAAAGUAACUCCUGAGGAGUUUGCUAGCCAGAUUACGCUAAUGGAUAUCCCAGUAUUCAAAGCUAUACAGCCAGAGGAAUUAGCCAGCUGUGGAUGGAGCAAGAAAGAAAAACACAGCCUCGCCCCUAAUAUUGUGGCCUUUACGAGGAGAUUUAACCAGGUCAGUUUUUGGGUCGUGCGGGAGAUUCUGACAGCACAGACUUUAAAAAUAAGAGCAGAAAUCCUGAGCCAUUUUGUGAAGAUAGCAAAGAAACUUCUGGAACUCAACAAUCUUCAUUCUCUCAUGUCUGUGGUAUCAGCAUUACAGAGUGCGCCCAUUUUUAGACUGACAAAAACAUGGGCUCUUUUGAAUCGAAAAGACAAGACCACUUUUGAGAAGCUGGAUUACUUGAUGUCUAAGGAAGAUAAUUAUAAGAGAACUCGGGAGUACAUCCGAAGCCUGAAGAUGGUCCCCAGCAUUCCCUAUUUAGGAAUUUAUCUUCUGGAUUUAAUCUACAUUGAUUCUGCAUACCCAGCUUCAGGAAGCAUCAUGGAAAAUGAACAAAGAUCUAAUCAGAUGAACAAUAUUCUGCGAAUAAUAGCUGAUUUACAAGUCUCCUGUAGCUAUGAUCACCUCAUAACAUUACCACAUGUGCAAAAGUAUUUGAAGUCUGUUCGCUAUAUUGAAGAGCUUCAGAAGUUUGUCGAAGAUGACAAUUACAAGUUAUCUCUGAGAAUUGAACCAGGAAGCUGUUCUCCCCGACUGGUGUCUUCAAAGGAGGACCUCGCAGGUCCCUCAGCUGUGUCAGGUGCCAUGAGGUUCAGCCGGAGACCAACCUGUCCUGAUACUUCGAUUGCUGCCAGCCUCCCCACACCCCCUGUCCCACGUCACAGGAAGAGCCACAGCCUGGGAAACAAUAUGAUGUGUCAGUUCAGUGUAGUUGAGAGUAAAAGUGCAACGUUCCCAUCGGAGAGACCUCGUCACCUGCUGGAUGACAGUGUUCUAGAGCCCCACAGUCCAGGCAGGGGCCAGGGCCGGGGCCUGCCCCUCACCUCCUCUGCUGUCACCAAUGGACUCUCCUUAGGCAGUAGUGAAAGCUCAGAGUUUAGUGAAGAGCUGUCUUCAGGGCUGGAAAGGGGUCGACUAUAUGCUACCUUGGGACCCAAUUGGCGGGUUCCAGUUCGGAACUCUCCCAGGACCCGGAGCUGUGUCUACAGUCCCACAGGACCAUGCAGCUGUGCACUGGGGAACUCAGCCGGGGUCAUUACCAUGGAAGGUCCUUUGAAAAGAAAAACAUUACUCAAGGAAGGACGAAAGCCUGCGCUUUCCUCAUGGUCAAGGUACUGGGUAACACUAUCAGGAUCAACUCUGCUAUACUUUGGAGCAAAGUCUUUACGGGGUACUGACAGAAAACAUUAUAAAUCCACACCUGGAAAAAAAGUCUCCAUUGUUGGAUGGAUGGUACAGUUACCUGAUGAUCCUGAGCAUCCUGAUAUUUUCCAGUUGAAUAAUCCUGACAAAGGUAAUGUUUACAAGUUUCAGACUGGCUCCAGAUUGCACGCAAUACUGUGGCACAAGCACUUGGAUGAUGCAUGUAAAAGCAACAGGCCUCAGGUACCUACUAACCUUAUGUCAUUCGAAUAAGCAGCUGCACAAUGCUUGAUGUGACACAAAAGUGCCAAACUGCAGGAUGGAGGAAAACUACCAAUACACACAGUUAGAGAAGAUCAUUCUUUGGGCGCCAGCUGCCAAAUAAUACCAUACCCACACUCAGCUGUGCAACUGCAAAGUGAUUCUGAUGAGCGCAUGAGUGUCCCAUGCAGUGACUUCCUCUUUCCUACUGGCUAUAAGAAACCAUUGAACUCUGCUGCAGGACCCCAGAACCUGGGCUAACUUGUGGCCACCAAUAAUCCCGGACAAUUGCUAGACCCUAGACCAGGCAUCCCACCCUUUGCCUGUCCUUUUAUAAACAAUUCUUUUUAUAGUGAAGCUGCUUUCUGUGACUGAAGAACAUUUGGCCCAUGUUGGGUUUUCAAUUCUUUCUAAUGCACAAAGACAACAAGCAGUGUUCACUUGCUGCAAAGUGUCCAUUAGAGUAGACGUCAUGGAACAACAUUUUUAUAACCUAAGUGCACUGAGUUGCUUAGCAAUGUGGCUGCCUCUGAUUUUGUAUAACACACACAUACACACACUCACACACACCCUCAUACACACACUACCCAGACAUUCCCACCGUGUGUGAGCUAUUUGGGAAACAUGUAUUUUGGCACCAGAUUUGCAACCUAACUCACUUCAUUUGUUUGGAAGGAGCUGCUUUUUAAACUUACAUUACAACGCUGUCCAGGUAAGGUAAGAGGUCACCACUGGAGGUCUUUAAGCUGUUGCACUGUAUGAGUAGACUGAGUUGGACAAGAGGCCCCCAGAGGUCCCUUCUGACUCUGACGUCCUGUGAUUCUUUUGAGAUUUUCAAUUCAUUUUGAUUUAAUGUUCCCCUUGGGUUCUGUAACUGUACACAAUUAAUGCCUUAAAUCGCAUAUUGUUUUCUUUGACUAUGGGUGCUAUUCCUCUGCAAAGCCUGCUCCCUGGGGCAUCUCAAACUCCCUCUAACUUGGUGUCCAUGGAGCCUUAUUAUUGUCAGGUCUUCCAAGUUAGAUCCCAGCCCCAGAAGAUGAGCUGUCUUUUGACCCAUUCCCUUUCCUGUGGAGGGUCUGGGGGCACUUUGGGACUCACUUUUGCUUUGCCUUUUGUGCUUAAAAAAAAAAAAAAGGAAGGUUAAAAAGCUAUUCUCCAACUGUCCCAUUGUUGCUGAGGCUUUGGGGAAAUGAAAGGCAGCUGUGGAGUGGCUGGGAAAGGGGAGUUACAGGGGUAGCCUUCAAGGUCACAACAGUGGUGGGCUUUUUUCCCAGCAGGACCACCUUGGCCCCUGCUGGGCCAAACAUCUUGCUCACCCAUCUCCACUGCCAUUGUUGAUAUGUUUAGGGUUUUGAUUAAUCAGGGCUGCUGAAUGACACUGAGAUGUGACUGGGUUCUCCUGGAAUCCUGCCUAUCAAGUAUUCCCAAGCAGCACUGGCAAAUCUACAGACCCCCCCAUUCCAAGGAUCCAUGAGGCAGUGAACCCAGAAGAUUGGCAACAGGGGCCCUGAAGCCUCCACUAAGUCAUGGGAUGAAAAACCAAGCCCUCUGUUAGGGGAACUAUUCCCAUCACAGGACAGAUUUUUUUUUUUGAUAUAUCUCCUGUUCUCUAAUUUUAAUAUUUUUUUAAUUCAUUCAUUAAAUACAUACUGACCUUACUACAUAAGAGGCUCUUUGUCAAGUUCUAGGAAAAUACAAAGAUGAAUGAGAUAUCAUGUUUCCUAUCCACCAGGAACAUGUAGCCUAGUAGGUGUGUUGAAAUAUACUUUAAUUUGAUAAAUGGAUUUUUUAAUUUAUAAGCUAAAUUGUUUACUGUCUCCAUGGUAAAUUUUUGAAAGGUUAGUUUUCUAAACGUUUCUGUCAAUUUUGUUAAUGAAACUCUUAAACGGCUUUUGAAAUGUAAUGAAAUAUCUGCAACUUUUAUAAGGGAUUGAAUUGAAAAGGUUUAAAGUACAGGACUGUUAACAGAUUGUGAUUAUCUGUAUUCCUCAUGAAGUGCACACAGAGGAAAGUGACCAGGAUAAAGAGGGAUAUGGAAAACAUGCCAUGUGAGAAUGGUUAAAGGACUUUGGGGUCUUUCUGAAGGACCAUCUAAAGGAAAAAAAUUAAUAGUGAAUCUUCAUGUGGGCUAUCAUAUAAUGAGAAAAAUGACUGAUUUGGGGGGGCCUGGAGAACAGAGUUAAAGAGCAAAGGGUGUAAGUUUCAAAGCGACAGAAAAACUUCCCAACAAUGAGAGCUUUUAAGAAAUAAAACAGGCUGCCUUAGGAGGACAUGAAUUCCAGAGCAUUGAAGGUCUUUAGGCACAGAGGUAAGCUGCCCCUUUCAAAAGAUGCUGUCAAUAGGAUUCUUGCUUCAGGUUUGGGUUGGACUGCAUAACUUCUGAAUGACCUCCUAGCUAUGAGAUUUCCAUGAUUCUAUACCCAGCCUAAGGGCAGAGAGGCUUGUGGAUGGAAGGUGGGACACCAGCCAAUUAAUAUAUGGAGCUGCACUUUUAUAAAAAUUAUCUUUAUGUGAUAAUAAUGUAAAGCACUUUGCAAACCAUAAAGAACUAUAUAAAUGCUAGCUAUUAUUAUUAAGAAAUGAAGAACUGACAUCCAUCAGUGAAGGAAAAGUACACAUUCAUGAAAUAUUAUCCAUGGAAAUAUUUCAUGCUGGCACCAUUUUAGGUGCUAGGCACAUAGUGCUAAGUGUUUUACAAAAACUCUCUCAUUUGACCCUUAUUUGGUAAAUGUUUAUUAAAUCCAGCUGUGUUUUCUCAUGUAAACUCCCUUAGGCCAGGGACCACUUUUGUUUUUAAAUACCCAACAACUAGGAUAACACACAUGAGGAAUAAGGAGAGAGUCUGGCAUAGGGAACUCCUUAUGAGAAACAUCUUCUAGCAGUACACAUUAGCACCUGUGUAUCGAUUAAGCCUGAAUGAUUCUUAUCCAAGUCCACCUUUAAGACGUCUUUAAAGAAUCUCUCCAAAACACUAAAUGCCCUCAUCUAGAUCUCACUCCUUAAUUACCCCCAGUUUCUUUUCUGACUCCAUUUUCCUGGAUAAUAUCUACAGAAAUGAUAGUGCACAAAAAUUAUCAUUGGUAAUAUACUACAGCCUAUUUAAACUCACCAUGCAUCUUUUCAUUAUCUUUUAGGUUACCUGGGAUUGAUUCUUUAGAGAUUAUGGUCGUCUUUGAUUCGCUACUAUAUGACUUUACCAAAAGAAUAUCAAUGUCAAAAAAAGAAAAGUUUUCACAUCAAAGACCAUUUUAUAAUCAUUGAAAGCACUGUGAAAUUCUCAUAUCCAGCCCAACCUGCUCUCAUCUUCCCUUGCAUUUCUGGAUCCAGCUCAGUGGCCAUCUGUAGUAUCUGACAUAUAUUCACAGACUUCCACUGUGACUACUUGAAAUCACCAAGUACCAGUAUAUAUGUUAGCAUGAUUGGAAGAAUUUUACUACCUUCCAUUAUCCUUUGCAUCAGGUGAUUGUGAUAAUCUGCAGUUUUCUUCAUAGUGGUCCCUGCUCAUCAUAAGCACUGCAAAAUGAGAUGACCAAGUGUCCUGAGAAAUGAUGACACUGGUUAAUGCCUUUGGGCAUAUGAUGAAACCAAUUUCAACUCCUUUAUUUAUCCACCCAAGAGGAGUCUAUGAGUCAGUCCCCUGUUAAGUAGCCAAUUUCAUAUAUUUUCUGGUUUUAUUUAUAGCAAGAGUGAAAAUAUUGAUAUUUUUCAAGAGCUAGCAUUUAUAUAGCAUUGUACAGUUUGCAAAUGGCUUCAUAUUUGUUAUUUCCCGUAAUGUGUCUGACUUAGGGAUCUCACUCACCAAGAGUUAAUUAAAUUAAUGCUUCAAAAUGAUCUAAAACCUGGCAUUCUUAUCUCCUGCCCCUUUUCCACCAUUCUGCCACCAUCAUUACAGAAAUGGAAGAAGGCCACAUAGAACCAAAGACCCGUUGGUUGUAUUUUUCUUGUUUUGUGGAUUGCUGUAACAAGAAUUCAUCAUCUGGUGGCCAACCAGCUCUCAGCAAGCCUCUUAGACAAAUUUUCUCUUGAAUUCAGGUACAAUCUACUCUUUCAUUUCAGUACUUCAUCUCAGUGGGCAGGUUCUUAGAGAACAUACCAGAAAUUCAUAAGCUCUGCUUGGAGUGGAAAAAACUAGAAGAAAUCAUAAAGUAGAUGAGCAGAGGAGAAGGGACUUCUGAACUCCCAGAUAUUAUGCCCUACACAUUUUCAAUUUAUUCGCUCUACUUUUAGUUCUAGACAACUUUUUUUUUACUUAAAACAAUGUGUGUGAGGGAAUUGAUAUGAUUAUAAAAAUUUCAAAAGUAAUCAUCAAACAAUAAGAUUUGUUACAUGCCUCAAUUCACAUUACAAUAUGCUAAAUACUAGACAAAAAUCAAUCAGCUCUGGCACUAAAGUAAUUUAUAUUCUAUUGGGAAGAUAAUUUGUAUAUGUGCAAAAUACAUAUAAAAUAAAGUAUUCAUACAUGUGUACACACCAAAUAAAUACAUCAUACUUAGAUCCAAUAGAAAUGGUUUUAUAAAAGAACUUAAUUUUGCUUAUUGAAAAUCUCAUCCUGGGGUCCUAACAUGGCCUGGCAUACAGGAGAAAAUCUUUACUUGCUAAUUGAUCAUUUCUAAAUUACAUUUCUAAAUGUGUUCUUGAGAAAGUAAUGGAAUCUUGGAAUUAGAAGGGAAUUUAGAGGUAUCUGACUCCAACUGACACCUGGCCAAAAAUUCCCUUGACAGCAACUCCUGCAAGUGGUCAUCUAGCUUCUGUUAAAACACACUAAUGAUGGGGGGAAAGGGAGCAUGAUUAUCACCAGUAACAGUCCACUUUUGAUCGGUACCAUUUGUUGAAAAGUUUUCUUGUGAAUUGUUUGUUAUUUAUAUGGAGCUGAAAUCUGCCUCUCUGUAUCUUCUACCCAUUGCUCUAACUUCUGCUCUCUGAAGCCAAGAAAAAUUAGCCUAAUCCUACUUUUCAAUCACAGAGGAAAUGUGAUAUAGUACAAAGAGCAUCAGAUUUGGAGUCAAGAGACCCUGGGGCCAAAUAUUGGGACUUCAAUUUAUUGUGUGUAUAGGACCCUGGGCCUCAGUUUCCUCAGCUAUAAAAGGAAGGGGUUGAAUGCAAUCAUUUAUAAGGCCCCUUCCAACUCUAAAUGUUUGAUCCCAUGACAGCAGUUUUAAAUAUUUGAUGACAGUGAUUAUGUUCCCCUAAGCCUUCUCUUCUCCAGGCUAACUUAAGUUCCUUCAACCAUUCUUUGAAUAGCCUCGCACCUGUCAUUCUCUCACUUAUCCAGGUAUUGUGGAGGACAUUAAAAUACACCCAUUAAGAGUUAGCAAUCUCCCUGGGAGGUCAGACAUACAUAUGUGAAAUGUCAACUGUUAAUGAAUUUGUGGUUUAGUUGUUUUUCAGCUGUGUCUGGAUCUUUGGAGCCCCAUUUGGAAUUUUCUUAGCAAAGAUACUGAAAUGAUUUGCCAUUUCCCUCUACAGCUAUUUUUCAGAUAAGGAAACUGAGGCAAAUAAAAUUAAGUGACUUACUCAGCAUCACACAGCUAAUAAAAAUCUGAGUAUGGAACUGAACUCAGGUAUUUCUGAUUCCAGGCUGCAUAAUCUGUCCAUUGUACCACUUAGCUGCCUCAAUUGACAAAUACCUGAUGAGAGACUGCAUAGUGUAGAGGGCAAGUCACCACACUUAGAACCAGGUAAGUCUAUGUUAAGCCCAUUCUCAGAUACUAAUUAGUUGCGUGAUCUUGGGCAAGUCACUUAAAUUCUCUUCCUAAUGUACAAAACAGAGGAGGUUGGACCCAUGGCCUCAAAGGUUCCUCCAGUUCUUAAAAAAAAAGAAAGAAUAAAUGUAAGUCCUCAUUAGCGAUUUUGAUGCCUUUGUGAGAGGAAAUCUUAUUUUCUCAUGAAAUCUUCCUUUCUACUAAUCUUAAGAGAUAGUAUAGCCAAAGCUGAGAAAUUCAAAUUCUACUCAUUCCAAAUUAAUCAAAGUUCUCACAAAAACUGGGAAUUGUGCCAAAAAUCACCCUUACUAAGCAAAGCUUUUCUUAAUUUGUGAGGAAGAUUUCAGGAAUUAAAGCUUGAGCUAUUUGAAGGAAUAAACCUUCUCUAACAUCUCCAAGCAUUUAGAAGUGUUCAGUUGCAGACUAGUAAUUGACAUACUAAUUACAAAUCUAUUUUAUCCUCUCUGAUUCUUUCUCUACUUGUUGACAGUUUUUUUAACCUCCUCUGCAUUGCUAUAUGAAUUGGAAAGUCUAUCAAACUCCACCUUUUCUCUAAAGGAAAUUUAAUACACUCUCAAUCUCCAUUGCUCUGUAUCCAUAUAGAAAAGCAGACAAAAUGCAAGAAUAUUAGAUUGGGAGUCAGGAAACCUGGAUUGUGUUUCCAAUUCAGUAGUAACUAAUCAGAGUUACCUUGGACAAGUGACAUGAUCCUUCUGGGUUGCAGUUUCUUCACCUAUAAAAUGUGUAGGUUGGAUCAAGUGAUCUUUAAAAUACUUUCCUAUCUUAACAAUCUGUGUGCCAACAUUUUUUGUUCUAAGGUCAUUUGCAGUCUCAAAAUUCUAUGUUCUGCUCUACCAUUUUGUGUUCUAAGAUUCCUUCCACCUCAGAAAUUCCAAGAAAGCCAAAAGCUUAAUACAAAAUGACCUUUUAGAAAAGCAAGUUUUUUAAUAAAAUUCACUCUUUAGACUAGGAGUCGGGAAGUCCAAGUUCUGGUCUUGAUCAGCUACUUACUCGAUGUAUACUUAAGCAAGUUAGUUUCCCCUCUCUGCUCACUUUCCUCAUCUGCAAGGUGGGAAUAAAAAUAUCUGCCUUGUCUACUUUACACAGCAGCUGUGAGGGACAAAUUAAAUAAUGGCUAUGGAAAUGCUUUGUAACUGGGAAACCCUUCCAUAAGUUUUGUAAUAUUGUCAUGGAAAGCUCUAGAGAAGUUGGACUCUUCCUACCUCACAGUGUUAUUGUGAGGAAAGAAAGCGCACUUCGUAAAAUUUUGAAAGUGAACUAGAGUUUGCUAGUAUUUAUUAUGAUGUCCUAUUCUAAUCUCAACAGUAACAGAGGGGGAUUGUCAACAUGGCCUCUGUUCUGUUAUGAGUCCUAAUGAUUUUCUUGGGAGAAAGUGCAGGAUAGUGGGUAGAAAGCCAGCCUUGGUGUAAAGAAGGUUCAAGUACUGCCCUGACAUGUACAGUCUCUGCAACCAUGGGCAAAGUCCAAGGGACUUUCCAGGGUCUUGGAAGACUGUCUAAGAAUGUAAGUUACAAACAAGUUGCUGAUCUGCAUUUGUGCAAGUAUUUUCCACAUCAGGAUUUCUCCCAUACUGAUGAAAUUACAAGUCUGGGUCAAAAAUGAUUUUCUUAGAUAAAUAUAAUUAGAUGGACUAAAUGACCUCUAAGGUCCCUUUCAAUUCUAACAUUCUAUGUUUAAGAACCCUUCCAGCUUGAACACUCUUAUGUUUUGAUGGUCUAUAUUCUAAAGUCUUUUCCAACUUGAAGAUUCUGCCAAGUCCUUAACUUCAAUAUUAUCCAUCUACUUUCCCUCUAAUAUUAGGGGAAGCAAAUCAGAGUGUGCUGGAUAGAUUAAAGAAAACAAGUCUGGAAAUGUAAUGUUGGUCAUGGACAAGCCACCAAUGAGAUAAUCAAAGCUUGACUAUAUGUCCCUGGGGGAAGAAAAAAGCUGAAACUAAUAUGCUGUGGAAUGUUCCUAUAUUUUAAUGCAUCUCUGGUUUGUCAGGGCUUAUAAAAUCUUAAAGCUAACAUUCCUGCCAUGUACAGACAACUGUAUAUUCUCCCAAAUACAUUCUGUAGAGGCCACAAGCAUAAACACUAGAAUGAGAAAUUGUUGCAUGAUUUUAUGUCUGAGAAGCAGAUCUGAGCCCUCUGUGGGAAAAAGAUUUUUGAGAUUGGUCAUAUGUAGUCUGACUGGGCUAUGUGCCCAGUUGCCCUUUGAAGGAUUCAAGGCGCUAAAUUGUCAGUAUCAUCACCUAAACUAUCCUGUGGCAACAGGAAUUGAUCUCGAUGGCAAGACUCCCACUAAGUGGGUUAACAGACUGAAAGACCUCAGGUCCCACAUUCCAUGAUGUCAUUUUGUUUGGGAAAUGGUCUUUUUAUGCUACCAGAAAUCCAUUAUUUCCCAAAUUAUAUGUGCAUAGCUACUUUCAUAGUAGGACCACAAAUCAUUCUCUCGUCUCCCUUCCACUCCCUGGGCUCCUUUCCAUUUCUACCAUGUUUCACAGCCUCAAGGGGAUGUUAUGGUACCAUUUUAUAGAUUUUUUUUUUUAAAAAAGGUCAUUGAAAAGGUGAAGUGAUUAACAGAAGCCCACUAGAAGUGAAUUCCAAAUUCCUGAAGCCCAGUUACUAUCAGAUGACACUGAAAAAAAAAACAUUCUUUUGGAUUUGUAAAAUCUUAUAGCAACUCCUAAGCCUCUAUAUGUAAUGAUUCCCUUUGAAAUAAUGAUUGUUCCAAAGGCACUGUAAUGUUUUUGAUAUAGAACAUUAGAUAAGGAGUCAAUAAGAUUUGAAUUUCAGUUCUGGAUUUAAGAUUAAAUUCUUAUGGAAUUAUGGUCAAGUCAUUUCAGCCCUCUGGGCCUGUUUCCUCAUCUGUAAAAUGUGAAAAUUUGACUAGAUAAUCUCUAAUAUCCCUUUCAGCUCAUAUUGUCCUGCUACUAUGUUCCAAGACCCUUUCCAAUUCCAACAUUCUACAAAUCAUCAUGACUGUGUCUAUUCUUUAUGACAAAAAGUACAUGUUUCCCUCCCACCAACAAUGUUAGAAAUUCUGUGCAUGUCCUCACAAGAGAAAUGAGCAUCCUUAUAGAUGCAUAAAAUAUUUGAACUUGAAGGUAACUUGGAGAUCUCCUAGUCCAUCCAGUGCACGUAUUUAUAGAUUAAGAAACUGUGACUCAGAAAGGUAACACAGCCUACCCAAAGUGACAAAUCUAGGAAGUAAGAGGGUUGUGAUAUGAACCCAAGUUUUCCAGUUCAGAUUUUAGUACCAAUCCAUAUCCCUCAAAUAAUGAUGUAUCAGUACCGUGGUGAUUUGAAUCAGACUGGGUCUUAAAUUAUUGUUUCUUGGUCGUAGCUAAGAUUAGAUUGGGAAAUAGUGCAUUGGAGUUCUCCCAGCAGUGAAAUCGAUUAUUCUCUGCACCAGCCAAGACUAGCAGCAUGGACACUACAAAUGGAAUCCAGGACCAAGCAGGAUGGGAACAUUAUUAGUACUUACCAGACUUUGAAGAACAAGUCAAGUGCGAGGAAGUACAGUAGCAGUGGUUGAUUUCUUCACUGUCAAACAUCUAGCACUUCUACUGUUAAUUCACAGCCUCUAUGCAAAUGAUACUGCAUAUCAGGCCGAUGAAUAAAAUAAAAGUGUUCACCAACUAAGCAAGGAGUAUGACUAAAAUGUAUUCUAGGUCAGUUUUAUAAAGGCCCACCUUGUUAUCCGUUCUCAAAAUGACUUUUUCAAAUGAUUUAUGACUGUGUCAGAGAAGAAAUGGUUAUAUAUGUAUUCAUGUUGCAUAAUCUCCUAUGAAUUUAGUGCCAAAAUGCAUGGUUUUCCACUUAGCAUACAAGCAUCAUGUAGACAGUAUUUUUCAUGUUCCUACCUACUCCUCAUAGUAAGUUGUAAAUUAGUUUCUAUAUUUUAAUUGAUUUCUUGUGAAAAUGGUUGCACUGUUCGGGAUUGUCUUUUCCAGCAGACCACUGCAUGCCAUUGGUGGAAUGCGUUUCUACAACCCUUGUGAACUGUCUUACCCAUAAUAACCUCUGAACUUUAACCCUAUGUGGGAGGCAUCUUUUGGUUUUGGUGAAGUAUUUUGUUACCUCAGUCUUGUAUUCAAGUUGCUGUAUUUUUUCAGCUUGUUACAUUGAUAAUGAUUGUUCCACUAAUUAAAUACUUUAACGUA